AUGUACUUUGAACAUUGGCUUAGUGCCAAUUAUCCAUAUAUUUCUCAGGAAAUGAUUUGUCUUUGGAAACUAUGUUGCUUCGAGUUUGACAAAGUCUCUAGAAAGAAUCAAAGCUACAACAUAUGUCUGAUUAUGAGAAGCGAUGGUGGAGACGAUCAAAAAUUCGGUCGCAGUCAACUUUUCUCAAGUAACUCAGGAAAAGUCGCAGACGUAGACGUACCUUUAUCAACCAAAGACAGCAAGAGAGUGAUAGGAUGGGACCAUUGGACACAGGUUUCUCCUCCGAGAAAGCGAGUCGCUCGAAGCUCCCGCCGUCAGCAGCACACAGAGACUGGAGUUUGUGGAAGGUUGUCCAGUGCCAAUCAGAACCAGAAGAAACCAAAUUGGAAUCAACAACGCAAAAGAGGCCCUCGCAUCGCCAAAAACAAGCAGCAUCUGAUCUUCAGUACUGGCUCUCAACAUGGCUAUCCACAUGCCCCAAACUCAUCUACUGGUGUGGUUCAACCUACAGAGAUCAAUCAUCUAGACAGCUCAAUCAAUAAGGAGCAACAUCAAUACCAGACUGAUUAUCCAGACACCUGUUUUCAUAAGGAGGAGCAUCAAUAUAGGGUUCCAUCUUCUCCCCCCGCUAUGCCAUACGAGCAAGACAUUAUUGCGUACGAGCAAGAAAAUUGUAGCUUGACAUCAAGAAUUUUGAGUUGGCUAUCGAAUAGCGAGACGUCAAGUAGAUUUUAA